AUGGGUUCACUCACAUCACACAAACUUCCCAUCUUAGAAUUCUCAGACAAAAACUCAAAACCUGGAACAGAAUCAUGGUCCAAAUCUAUUACACAGGUAAUUGGCGCUCUAGAAGAAUAUGGUUGUUUUGUGGCAUUGUACGACAAAAUCACCCAUGAAAUCCACAAUGGAGUUUUCCAUGCCAUUCAAGAACUGUUUGAUCUUCCAACUCAAACCAAAGUACAAAACAAAUCCUCUAAGCCCUUAUAUGGCUAUGUUGGCCAAAUCCCUCUAAUUCCUCUCUAUGAAAGCAUGGGCAUUGACAAUGCCAAUACUCUUCAAGGCAUUCACAAUUUCGCCAAAGUCAUGUGGCCUAAUAAUGCAAAUCAUCGGUUCAGCGAUUGCUCGAUGUCCUUUGCUAACAAAGUUGCGGAGCUAGAAAAAUUCGUGAUUAGAAUGCUAUUCGAAAGCUAUGGUGUGGAGAAGUACGUCGAGGCUCAUAUGGAUGCAACAACCUAUCUACUUCGAUUCUUGAAGUACCGAGCGCCAGGUGAGGGAGAGAGCACGAUGGCUUUCCCGGCUCACACGGACAAGAGUUUCAUCACGAUUCUAUAUCAGAAUCACGUCUCUGGCCUUGAGAUCAAGACCAGAGACGGAGAGUGGAUUAGCGUCGUUUUCCCGCCAAACUCGUUCGUGGUCAUGGCUGGCGACGCGUGCAAGGCAUGGAGUAAUGAGCAGGUGCUUUCUCCUAGCCACAAGGUCACCUUGGACAAGGAUGUAAAAGAAAGCAGAUACACAAUUGCCCUUUUCUCUUUCCUUAGCAACGUAAUACAAACUCCUGAGGAGUUUGUAGACGAUGAGCAUCCGUUGCGGUUUAAGCCUUUCGUACAUGUCGAUUUGUUGAAGUUUUACGAUACAGAUCAUGGUCGGCGAUCCCGAAAUAUACUCAAGGAUUUUUGUGUCCCAUGCUCAACCAGCUGGCGGUCGACGAGCGAAAACGUUGUACGGGCACUCGAGGUGUACGGGUGUUUCCUAGCGAUCUACGACCGAUUUGCGCCUGACAUGCACGACUCGAUUUUCCAUGCAGCCGAGGAGUUAUUGUCUCUACCGACGGCCGUGAAAGUGAAGAACAUUUCCGAGACCCCAUCGCACGGGUACGUGGGACAGGUGGCGCUUAUUCCGUUGUACGAAGGUUUGGGGAUCGAAAACGCCACCACUUCUCAAGGAGUCGACGACUUUAUCAAUCUCAUGUGGCCGUCCGGGAAUCGUACUUUCCGUGAAACAACUUUAGAGUACUCUAAGAUUGUGGCCCAACUAGACCAAGUUGUGAUGAGGAUGGUGUCCGAAAGCUAUGGCGUAACGAAUAACUACGAACGAUUGCUCGAAAAAACAUCGUACCUCCUUCGACUUCUAAAAUAUCGAAAGCCUAACGAAAACGAGACUAGUUUGGGAAUUGUACCGCACACGGACAAGAGCUUCAUGACUAUUCUUCAUCAAAAUCGAGUGCCCGGUCUCGAAAUCAAGGCCAAAAACGGGCGUGAUUGGAUAGUCGUUGAUCCUUCGCCUAAGUUUUUCAUCGUCAUGGCUGGCGAUGCUUGUAUGGCAUGGACUAACGGAAGAAUCGAAGCUCCCCAACACCGGGUGAUGAUGAUGAAGGGGUCGGAGGAAAGGUACUCUGUCGGCCUGUUUACGUUUAUUAAGGAUAUUGAAAUACAGGUGGCGAAAGAGCUAGUCGACGAUGGGAAUCCUUUGCAGUUUGAGCCGUUUGAUCACUACAAGUUCAUACACUUCUAUUAUACCGAUGAGGGCAAGCGUGCAAAGUGUCCCAUUAAGGCAUUAAAUCAAUCACCAAUUAUGGAUUCUCAUCCAAAGUCGUCUAGACUCCCGUUGGUCGAAUUUAACAAGACGAACCUGACUCCAGACACAAGCUCCUGGAAAUCAACCUCGGACUCUGUCCGAGAGGCCCUUGAAUCGCACGGGUGUUUUGUGUUAACUCACCGUGAACUCAGCCCGGAUCUUCAUAACCGGGCGUUCGACUUUACCAAGGAUUUAUUCCGCCUCCCAUCUGAAACUAAAAGGAGACACGUGCCCCAACUUCCAGGUUUCGGUUAUGGCGCGAAUUUCCCUGUCAUGCCCCUGUUUGAGUACUUUGGAGUCGAGAAUUGUGAGACGCCCAAAGGCGCCAAAAUUUUCACCAGCCUCAUUGAGACAAUACACUCAUAUUCCAAGCUUUUAUGGGAAUUGAAUAAUACGAUCGUGAAGAUGGUGGCUAGCAGCUACAAUUUGGAAAAAUGUUACGAUCGUUUAACUCAAUCGUCGAUUUACAUGACGAGGCUGAUGAGGUACCAUGCGCCGGGUGAGAACAAAAGCCAUAUCGGUAUCAUACCACAUAGGGACAAGAGCUUUUUGGCCGUGAUCGGUACAAAUGAAGUCAAAGGCUUGCAGAUUGAAACUCGCGAUGGCAAUUGGAUCGAGUACGAGCCAUCUCCUGGGAAAUUCGUCGUCAUAGUAGGCGAAGCACUCACGGCAUGGAGCAAUGGUAGAAUAUAUUGUCCCUUGCACAAAGUCAUUGCAAGAGGGGCGAAAGAGAAAUACUCGAUCGGGAUUUUCUCUUUUGUUGGAGGGACCUUGAAAGUACCCGAUGAGCUAGUCGAUGAAGAAAAUCCAUUGAGGUUCAGAGAAUUCAGCAAUUUGGAGUUUCUUAACUACUGCAAGGAAGUUGUGAGUUCCGAAAACAUAAGGCUCCCACUCAUAAAUUUCUCAAACAUUAAAGAACAAAGUCCAACAUGGGAGGCCGUGAAAGCCCAAGUCCUGGAAGCCCUGCAAGAAUACGGCUGCUUUGAGGCCACGUUUGAUCGUGUCCCAAUUAACCUCCGAAAAUCGGUAAUCGAAGGGUUAAAACAGCUGUUUGAUCUGCCUCUGGAGAACAAAUUACGCAACAGGUCAAACACGCCCUACCAUGGCUACGUGGGCCAAUACGCCAUGGUUCCACUCUAUGAAAGUCUUGGGCUACAGGACGCACUCUCACCUGGUAAAAUCAAGAGCUUCACUAAUCUCAUGUGGGCCCAAGGAAAUCCAACUUUCAGCGAGGCUAUAGAAACAUUUUCCGAGCAAUUAUCCGAAUUGGACAAGAUUGUGAGGAGAAUGGUCUUGGAAAGUCUUGGGCUGGAAAAAUACAUGGACGAGCAUUUGGGCUCAACAAAUUACCUAGUGCGGGUCCAAAAGUACGAUGGGCCUAAAACCCAUGAACCUAAGCUUGGACUGACGGCCCAUACGGAUAAAAACAUCGUCACCAUAUUGUUUGGAAAUGAAGCAUGGACAAAUGGCCGCCUGCAUUCACCGUACCACAAGGUGAUGAUGACCGGAGAAGAAAAUAGGUACUCAAUCGGAUUAUUUUCGAUCCCAAAAUCGGGUUACAUAAUUAAGGCACCAGAUGAGAUGGUAGAUGAAGAUCACCCGUUGCUUUUUAAGCCAUUCGAUCAUAUUAAAUUUCUUGAUUUUUAUUACUCUGAAGCUGGUCGGAGUUCACCAGCUGCCCUAAAGGCUUAUUGUGGAGCCUAAUAAUGAGUAUUUAUGUUGCAUUUUGUUAGAAGUAUAAAUAAUUAUAUGUGAAGCAUCGGUUAUGUAUCCAUUUUACGGUGUGUAUUUAGUCAUGUGCAAGUGUUUGUAUGAUGAUAUUUGAUGUAUGGUACAUGUAUCUACCUAUGGCG